GCCGAGGCCCCUGUGCCCCCGCGGGGAGGCAGCACCGAGGGGCGGCCUGCUUGCCAGACAGGUCUGACGGCGGUCACUUGGCUAGUCAGAACCCGCUUUCCCUUCAUCCUCUACCACCGCCCCCCACCCCCGCCAGGCCCCUGGGGUGCGGGCCCUCUUCUACUGGGGAGUUUUGGGAUUCCCUUUAUGACCUGGGAAGUGCUAGGGGAACCCAGGUGAUGUGGCCUGGUGAGGGCGGCUGCUGAGCAGGUGUGGACGCGGCACAGGACAGCGGCCAAGCCUGGCCCCUUCUCAAAGCGGAGCAACCCUCGUUUUACUAUUUCCUAUAUUGGGCAUUUGAUUUCUAAAAAGGGAUUCUGUGGCUUUUAAAAAAAAAAAAAGUUUGAAAACCGCUGGUCUAGCAGUUUUUACCACCAAGGAAACUGAGGCGCAUGGAGAGGAAAUGACUUAAGAUCACACAGCAAAUAAUUGGGCAGGGACUGGGAGCGAUACUUUCCCUCGAGCCUCUCAGUGCUGGUAACAGGACCUCGCGUGGUGUCUCUGCUGGAGGGAGAGACUGGUUGGGUGUUGAGUGGCCCUCCCGUGGCCUGCCCUGCGGCUCUGUCAGAGCCAGACCCCCAGACCCCUGCCUGCAAAACAGCAGUUGGUCCUGGGGGUGGGCGCAGUUUGAGUGGCCCAGAGUGACUCUCUGUGUCGGGAGGUUCUGGAUCGGGAGAAAAGGGCUUUGCCAAGAACACAGCCAGGAAGAGCACCCACAGCGUUCUCUGGCCACAGCCUGGAGCUGAGUCCCAUGUGAGACAGGAUCAUGAGAAAUCCAGCAAGCUUCCAGGUUUGAGACAAACUGGGACUCAAGAGGAGUUGGCACUCCUCACCCUCUGGAGCCCUGCCCGUCUCGGCCCCAUGCCCCCACCAGUCAGCCCCGGGCCGCAGGCAGUGAGCAGGCACGUGGGAGCCAAGGCCCUGUGACCAGGCCAAGGAGACGGGCGCUCCAGGGUCCCAGCCACCUGCCCCCCCAUGGAGCUGAGGCCCUGGUUGCUAUGGGUGGUAGCAGCAGCAGGAACCUUGGUCCUGCUGGCAGCUGAUGCUCAGGGCCAGAAGGUCUUCACCAACACGUGGGCUGUGCGCAUCCCUGGAGGCCCCGCGGUGGCCAACAAUGUGGCACGAAAGCAUGGGUUUCUCAACCUGGGCCAGAUCUUCGGCGACUAUUAUCACUUCUGGCAUCGAGGAGUGACGAAGCGGUCUCUGUCUCCUCACCGCCCGCGGCACAGCCGGCUGCAGAGGGAGCCUCAAGUACAGUGGCUGGAGCAGCAGGUGGCAAAGCGACGGACCAAACGGGACGUGUACCAGGAGCCCACAGACCCCAAGUUUCCACAGCAGUGGUACCUGUCUGGUGUCACUCAGCGAGACCUGAAUGUGAAGGAGGCUUGGGCACAGGGCUAUACGGGGCACGGCAUUGUGGUCUCCAUUCUGGAUGACGGCAUCGAGAAGAACCACCCAGACUUGGCAGGCAAUUAUGAUCCUGGGGCCAGUUUUGAUGUCAAUGACCAGGACCCUGACCCCCAGCCUCGCUACACACAGAUGAACGAUAACAGGCAUGGCACACGGUGUGCGGGCGAAGUGGCUGCGGUGGCUAAUAAUGGUGUCUGUGGUGUAGGUGUGGCCUACAACGCCCGUAUUGGAGGGGUGCGCAUGCUGGAUGGCGAGGUGACAGAUGCAGUGGAGGCACGCUCGCUGGGCCUGAACCCCAACCACAUCCACAUCUACAGUGCCAGCUGGGGCCCCGAGGAUGAUGGCAAGACAGUGGAUGGGCCAGCCCGCCUCGCCGAGGAGGCCUUCUUCCGGGGGGUUAGCCAGGGCCGAGGGGGGCUGGGCUCCAUCUUUGUCUGGGCCUCGGGGAACGGGGGCCGGGAACAUGACAGCUGCAACUGCGACGGCUACACCAACAGCAUCUACACGCUGUCCAUCAGCAGCGCCACACAGCUCGGCAACGUGCCCUGGUACAGCGAGGCCUGCUCGUCCACACUGGCCACGACCUACAGCAGCGGCAACCAGAAUGAGAAGCAGAUCGUGACGACUGACUUGCGGCAGAAGUGCACGGAGUCUCACACAGGCACCUCAGCCUCUGCCCCUUUAGCAGCCGGCAUUAUUGCCCUCACCCUGGAGGCCAAUAAGAACCUCACAUGGCGGGACAUGCAGCACCUGGUGGUCCAGACCUCGAAGCCAGCCCACCUCAACGCCAACGACUGGGCCACCAAUGGCGUAGGCCGGAAAGUGAGCCACUCAUAUGGCUACGGGCUUUUGGAUGCAGGCGCAAUGGUCGCCCUGGCCCGGAAUUGGACCACAGUGCCCCCCCAGCGGAAGUGCAUCAUUGACAUCCUCACCGAGCCCAAAGACAUCGGGAAGCGGCUCGAGGUGCGGAAGACUGUGACUGCCUGCCUGGGCGAGCCCAACCACAUCACCCGGCUGGAGCACGCUCAGGCGCGGCUCACACUGUCCUAUAAUCGCCGUGGCGACCUGGCCAUCCACCUGGUCAGCCCCAUGGGCACCCGCUCCACCCUGCUGGCAGCCAGGCCGCAUGACUACUCCGCAGAUGGGUUUAAUGACUGGGCCUUCAUGACAACUCACGCCUGGGAUGAAGAUCCCUCUGGCGAGUGGAUCCUAGAGAUUGAAAACACCAGUGAAGCCAACAACUAUGGGACGUUGACCAAGUUCACCCUCGUGCUCUAUGGCACAGCUCCUGAGGGGCUGCCUGUACCUCCUGAAAGCAGCGGCUGCAAGACCCUCACAUCCAGCCAGGCCUGUGUGGUGUGUGAGGAAGGCUUCUCCCUGCACCAGAAGAGCUGCGUGCAGCACUGCCCUCCAGGUUUUGCCCCCCAAGUUCUGGAUACACACUAUAGCACCGAGAAUGAUGUGGAGACCAUCCGGGCCAGCAUCUGCGCCCCCUGCCAUGCCUCAUGUGCCACAUGCCAGGGACCGGCCCCCACAGACUGCCUCAGCUGCCCCAGCCACGCCUCUUUGGACCCUGUGGAGCAAACUUGCUCCCGGCAAAGCCAGAGCAGCCGAGAGUCCCCGCCAGAGCAGCAGCCACCACCCCGGCUGCCCCCAGAGGUGGAGGAGGAGCCGCGGCUGCGGGCAGGCCUGCUGCCCUCUCACCUGCCUGAGGUGGUGGCCGGCCUCAGCUGCGCCUUCAUCGUGCUGGUCUUCGUCACUGUCUUCCUGGUCCUGCAGCUGCGCUCUGGCUUUAGCUUCCGGGGGGUGAAGGUGUACACCAUGGACCGUGGCCUCAUCUCCUAUAAGGGGCUGCCCCCUGAAGCCUGGCAGGAGGAGUGUCCAUCCGACUCAGAAGAGGAUGAGGGCCGGGGCGAGAGGACCGCCUUUAUCAAAGACCAGAGCGCCCUCUGAUGAGCCCACUGCCCACCCCCUCAAGCCAAUCCCCUCCUUGGGCACUUUUUAAUUCACCAAAGUAUUUUUUUAUCUUGGGACUGGGUUUGGACCCCAGCUGGGAGGCAAGAGGGGUGGAGACUGCUUCCCAUCCUACCCUCAGUGCCCCCUCCAUGUGGAGAAAGGAGUGAAACCUUCAGGGCAGCCAGCCCCGGCCACAGCCAGAGUUCCUGCGGAGUGAAGAUGGGCAGCCCUUGCUUGUUGGGAUUCCUGACCCAGGCCACCGCUCUUGCCCUUCCCUGUCCCUCUAAAGCAAUAAUGGUCCCCAUCCAGGCAGUUGGGAGGCUGGCCUGGGAGGCAUUUGUGGGAGGAGGCCACCUCUCCAAGGGCUUUCGCAUCCUCCACCCUGUCCCCUAGCUCUAGUGAGUCUUGGCGGCAGCAGCCAUCAUAGGAAGGGACCAAGGCAAGGCAGGUGCCUCUGGGUGUGCACGUGGCCAGUGUCCCCUGGCCCACCUUGUGCUCCAUGUCUCCACAACCACUGGCUGCCAGGUUGGCACAGCUAAGGCGGAAGCUGUCAGAACCCUGUGCUGGUGUCCUCGCCACCCUCCCUUCUCUUGCACCCGCCUCUCUGGUUGGGGCCCAAGUCCCUGUUUUCUGAGCCCGGGCUGCCUGAGCUGUUGGCACUCACAGACCUGGAGCCCCUGGGUGGGUGGUGGGGAGGGGCGGUGGCCCAGCCAGCCUCUCUGGCCUCCCACCCGAUGCUGCUUUCCCCUGUGGGGAUCUCAGGGGCUGUUUGAGGAUAUAUUUUCACUUUGUGAUGAUUUCACUUUAGAUGCUGAUGAUUUGUUUUGUAUUUUUAAUGGGGGUAGCAGCUGGACUACCCACCUUCUCACACCCACCGUCCACCAUGCUCCUCCUUGGCUGCCCUGGCCCUGAGCUGUGGGGGCUGCAGCAUGUUCUGAGGAGUGAGGAAAAGUUGAGCCCCAAGUCCUGAAGAGGCAGGCCAGCCAGGUGGGCUGGAGGAAAGGGGGUCCCCUGGUGGGAGGGCAGGCUGACAUCUGUUUUCAAGUGGGGCUCGCCAAGCCAAGGGCCCAGAGGUCACUGGCUCUCCAAGUGCCAGGGGUGGGCAGGUGGUGACACUCAGCCCCCUCAACACUGUGCCCUGGUGGAGAAAGCACUGACCUGGCAAGCCCCCCAAAACCCCUCUUCUGACGUGCCUUUUGCACCCCUCCCAUUAGGACAAUCAGUCCCCUCCAACCUGGGAGCCCCCUUUUCUUUCCCCUAGCCAUUCCUGGUACCCAGCCACCUGCCCAGGGGUGCCCCCUCCUCCCAUCCCCCCACCCUCGUGGCCAGCCCGGCUGGUUUUGUAAGACACUGGGUUGGUGCACAGUGAUUUUUUUCUUGUAAUUUAAACAGGCCCAGCAUUGUUGGUUCUAUUUAAUGGACACGAGAUAAUGUUAGAGGUUUUAAAGUGAUUAAACGUGCAGACUAUGCAAACCAGG